AUGGUCGUCUCCACGGAGACCUCUCCUACAGAGGAGGUUAACGGAAGCUACACGACGAUUCAUGUCCCAGGAGAGGGAAACGUAAAAAGGUUCACCAGCAACUCGCCGCGGCGAAAGUUCGUCGACGCUCGCCAAUACAUCAAUGAUCGGAUCACCGCUCUCAUGCAACUCAUCGAAGAGUUCGGAGAACAUUACGACGAAUGGUGUGAAGAUCCCAAUAACCCGAAAGCGGGCAGAAAACACUUCUUCAAGGUUACAGCAAGGGUGUCUGGAGACGUUGCAAAGCGGGUUACUGGAGGGACGCAGGAGAAGAAAGAUAUGAGAUUUUAUCUUGGAGAGCUUGAGGAAAAACAUCGUAAGUUAGGAGAAGAGCGGUUUCUGAGGAACGUUUGGCCUUCGUGGUUUGCCAAGUGAACAAAUGCGGGAAGAGAUAUUUCUGUGUCCUUCCUUUGGCGGAAAUAGAAGCUUUUUAUUGUUCAUUCGUACUUGCAUUAGUCGGAUCAUUUAAAACUUGAAGAUGGGUUCCUUUUCUGUCAGUGAUGUGUUUUAUGUGGAAACGAAGCGAUGAACGAGCCUUCAUACUAUUGUAUGACAGAAGAAGUGAAUCUUAGAUGCUUGAAUAUGAUGUCCACUUCAGAACUUUCCUGGUCUGUACCUUAGGUCUUCACCAUUGUGUCUGACCUAGACCUACAACCAAAGUCAUAAUUAUAGUCUAGGAAGUGCGAUUACAAAACACCUACAAGACCACGAGAUACUUGAGUCAGAUUUCUCCUAGCCAGUCCAAAAACAUGAGGCGAAGGGAUAGGCGAGUUUUCGAGCGGACUACCAAGAAUCUGAUAUAGACUAUCCAAAUCACAAACCCUUGACCAGAGACAAAGAAUCAUCCAACAGCUGUGAAUGUGGCCAUUCGACCAACCACUGUGAUUGUUGUCGACUAUCCAACAUUUGUGAAUGUUGUCUAA